AUGACAGCCGAGCAAUAUGUCGUCCUCCAGGGCCUCCCUUCACCCCAAGGGUAUCACGACCUUCGGAAGCUUGCAGACCUGACGCCACCGCCGCCUGAAGCGAUGGCGGAAGCAGUGCCCAAAUCACUACAAAAUUCGUUCACUUGCUUCGUUGCCUACGAACGAAAGCACAUGAUCGACGAGCAGACUCCUGGACCGAAGCAAGCUGCCGUCGCAAUGGGACGUCUUCUGGGCGACGGAGCGCUCUUUCUCCAGCUAGUCGACAUGGCCGUGCAUCCAGAUCACCAGAGCAAAGGUCUGGGAAAACGCAUCAUGGAAUCGCUGGUGGCUUACGCCGACGAACAUGCGCCCCACGCGUAUGUUAGUCUCGUAGCGGAUCCCCUGGGGCAACGGAUCUACCCAAAAUAUGGCUUCGAGGACGUGAAACCGGGGAUAGGGAUGUUUCGUUGCCUGCGGAUUCAGGGCGAUCCCGAGUUCAAGAAGGCUCGAGAAGAAAAGCAAGCAGCGGCAAUGCGAGCCCCUGGCGAUUCAGCAUGA